AUGGUGAAGAACGAGAAAAAACUGUCAACAACUGGAUUUCUGGAGAGAGAGCAAAGGUACAUCAAGGAGAUUCGUCAAGCAGAAGAAGCACUACAAAGGGUGAUUAGUGAGAAGGAGUUUUCGCAGAAGGAGCUCGCUGCGAAAACAAUCUCGCUCAAUCAGUUGAAUGAGCAGAGUACAGCAGAGGUGCGUGAGUCUGUGGUGUCUCAGGAAAAGGGAGCAGCUGAAGAGCAGCAGCUUAGAAAGGAACUAAGAGAGCUGCAAGUGGAGAAAAAGGACUUGCAGGACAGGUUAGCUCUCAACAUAAAGGAUUUGGAACUUCUGGAACAGGAGAAUGAGAGACUUCGCCAACAUGUCAAAUCAUUUCAACGCGAUGUUAAUGAGAUUUUGGCAUGA